AUGGCUGAUCCUGUAAUUGGUGCUACUGUUCAGGUUGUGCUUGAGAAGCUGCUUUCUCUCACUAUUGAGGAGGCAAAAACUUUAAGGAACUGCAAGAAAAAUCUCAGAAUGCUCACAAAAUAUGUAACCAUGAUCCAAGCUUUCAUUCAUGAUGCUGAAAGACGACAAGUUGAAGAUCAGGCUGUGGAAGAAUGGCUCAAGAUGCUUGAGAGAAUUGCUGAAGAUGCUGAAAAUGUGUUUGACAAAUUCACAUAUGAAUCUCUCAAAGCACAAGUGAUGAACAACCGAACCAAACUAAUGGAAAAGGUCAGUCACUUCUUUUCUCAGACUGUUUUUAAGUACAAAAUGUCUCGAAAAAUCAAUAACAUCAAUGAAGAGUUGAGGGCUAUCAAUCAGUUAGCCAAAAACCUCGGUCUCCUAUCACGGACAGUUCCUUCUCGGGAAAUACUACAAAUCCGAGAAACAGAUUCCGUAGUAGUUGCUUCAAAUGUUGUUGGUAGAGACAAAGAUGUUGCUGCAAUCAAGAAUAAGAUGUUGAACAUGAGAGAGGAACUUGUUCUGUGUGCCAUUCCCAUAGUGGGUAUGGGGGGUAUAGGGAAAACUACAGUGGCUAAGAGAAUUUUCAAUGAUGAAGAGAUCAAGCAAAUCUUUGAAAAGAGAGUUUGGUUGUGUCUACCUGAAAUGGUAGAAACAAAGAGCUUUCUUGAACUGAUUCUCGAAUCAUUGACAAAGAGGAAAGUUGAGGUCCAAAGCAGAGAUAUAAUAGUCAAGAUGCUACAAGAUGCAUUGGGAGAAAAAAAGUAUUUAAUUGUCCUGGAUGAUUUGUGGCGUGUUGACUCUACAUCGUGGCAUGAGUUCAUGGACACCUUGAGAGGAAUCAAUACAUCCAGAGGAAACUGUAUUCUUGUGACUACUCGUAUUAAACAAGUGGCAUCCACAGUAGCAGUAGAUCUUCAUAUGUUGAGAAGAUUAGCAAGAGAUCACUGCUGGUCCAUUUUCCAGCAAAGAGCGUUUGUUGAUAGGGAAGUUCCGGAGGAAAUACCAAGUGUGGAGAACAAGAUUGUUGAAAUGUGUCAAGGUCUACCGUUGGCUGCAAGUGUGUUGGGAGGCCUCUUAUGCAACAAGGAUAAACAUGACUGGCAGGAAAUUCUUGAUGGAAACCCCCUUAUUGCAGGGGAAGAUGAUCUUUGGGAAAAUAGUAUAAAGAAGAUCCUAAAACUAAGCUAUGAUUAUCUACCAUCUCCACAUCUGAAGAAAUGUUUUGGUUACUUUGCAAUGUUUCCAAAAGAUUUUAUGUUUGAAAAGGACCAACUAAUCCAACUCUGGAUGGCAGAAGGGUUUCUUUGUCCAUGUCCAGAGACCCCUGUGAUGGAAGAUGUCGGGAAGAAGUUUUUCCAACUGUUGUUGCAAUAUUCUUUGCUGCAAGAUGUUAAGCUAGAUGAGCUCAACAAUAUAACACAUUGUAAGAUGCAUGAUCUUGUGCAUGAUUUGGCUGGGGAUAUUUUAAAGUCUAAACUAUUUGAUCAAAAGAGUGUAGGAGGCAAAAAUCUUUCUCAAGUUCGAUACUUUGGAUGGGACUCACAAAGUGAUCAAAUGGAUGCGAUAAAUGAGGCAGGACGUUUGUGCACAUUGUUCUGGAAAAGCAAUAUAUCUGAUGAUAUGCUAUUGAGCUUUCAGUUCUUGAGAGUUUUAAAUUUGUCCGGAUCAGGCAUUGAGGAGUUGUCAGCCAAAAUCAGCAAGCUAAUAUACUUGAGAUAUCUUGAUCUCUCCAACACUGGGAUCGAAGACCUUCCCAACUCCAUUUGCAAGCUCUACAAUUUGCAAACAUUUAGAGUCAGUGGCAGUUCUUCAAUCAGGAAGCUUCCAGAAGAAAUGGCAAAUAUGAUAAGUUUGAGACACAUAUAUUGCAACUAUUGUUACAAAUCAGAAAUUCAUUAUCAGUUUCAGAUGCCACUUAAUAUGGGGCAAUUGACCAGUCUACAGACGCUACAGUUUUUCUACGUAGGUUUAGAGAAAGGUCGUCGAAUAGAAGAAUUAGGCCAUUUGAAAAACCUUAGAGGUGAAUUGACGAUCAAAUGUCUUCAAUUAGUCGGAAAUAAAGAAGAGGCUCAAACAACAUAUUUACAGGAGAAACCAAAUAUCUACAAGCUGGCAUAUUUAUGGUCCCGUGAUGAAUCAGAAUGCUGUGAGAUCAAUGAUGAGCAUGUGUUGGAUGGUCUUCAACCGCAUCCUAAUUUGAAAGCCUUAGUAGUAAUGGACUAUUUAGGGACUAAAUUUCCUUCAUGGUUCAGUGAAGAGUCGCUACCAAAUUUGGUCAAGUUGAAAUUAAGUGGUUGCAAAAGGUGCAAAGAAAUUCCAUCCCUUGGCCAACUGAAAUUCCUUCGGCAUCUUGAGCUAGAAGGAUUCCAUGAGUUGGAAUGCAUUGGACCUGCUUUAUAUGGUGUUGAGAUUAGCAAUAUUGGAUCAAGCAGCAUUAUCCAAGUGUUCCCGUCAUUGAAAGAGCUAGUAUUGAAGGAUAUGCGCAGGCUUAUUGAGUGGAAGGGAGAUGAAGUUGGAGUAAGAAUGUUUCCUAGGCUUGAGAAGUUGAGGAUUACAGACUGUUCACUGUUAAAAAGUACUCCAAGUCAAUUUGAAAUCCUGUGUGAAUUAAGAAUUGAAGGAGUUGACAGUGAAAUGCCAUUGUUGAACUUGUGCAGCAACUUGACAUCUCUUGUGAAUCUUGAUGUUCGUAAUGUGAAAGAGCUCACUUGUCUUCCAGAUGAGAUGCUACGCAACAACGUUUCUCUUCAAUACCUAUCAGUCUCACAGUGCGGAGAGUUUCGUGAAUUGCCACGAAGCUUGUACAAUCUCCAUUCUCUUAAGAGCUUAAGUAUUUAUAGCUGCACCAAUUUCAGUUCUUUUCCUGUUCCCAGUGGAGAGAACUACUUGACUUCCCUCCAAAGUUUUCAGUUACAGAAGUGUAAUGGAUUGACCAGUUUACCAAGCGGAAUGCUAGAGCAAUGCCAGUCUCUACAGAAAUUUUCGGUCAGCUUCUGUAACAACUUGGUUUCCUUCCCUUUACAUGUGAGGGAAAUGCCUUCACUUUCAUAUUUGGAGAUAUCACAAUGUCCCAAAUUGAUUAGUGUACCAACAGGGUGCCUUCACCUUCUCACUGGGUUACGGGCAUUGGAAAUUGGUCCUUUCUCAGAGAUGGUGGAUUUUGAGGCAUUCCAAUUGAUUUUUAGUGGUGUUCAACAGCUGUUUUCCCUUCGUUAUUUGUGGGUGUACGGACAUUUGCACUGGGAUUCUCUGCCCUAUCAGCUUAUGCAACUUUCUGCCCUAAGACAGAUCCAUAUAUAUGAUUUCGGAAUCGAGGCUGUUCCUCAUAGAUUUGACAACCUUACAUCUCUUGAAACAUUACGGCUAGUGAGGUGCAAACGGCUACGACAUGUGGACUUCUCAGAUGUCAUGACCAAAUUACGGGAUCUGCGGAUAGAGGAUUGUCCAUUAUUAGAAGCUCUGUUGGAUGGGAUUGGCAACCUGUCUUCUUUGGAAGAGUUACGGUUUUUGAACUGCAAAAAACUAGAGUAUCUUCCAUCCAUAGAUGCCAUGCGACGCCUUACCAAAUUACAGUACCUGACAUUUGAAGACUGCCCACAGUUAGAAGAAAGUAGCACCAAUUGGAGUAGUUCAAACUUCCAGUACUGGUCCAACCUUUCCCAUAUUCCAUAUAUUGAAGUAGGCGGGAGAAUAAUUUAG